GGUGAAAGUUGAGAGGUCAAAGAAAGCAGCCAUUACCUCCUGUUUUUUGGGUUUUUUUUUUUUAGUGCGCGGCGUUGGAUUUGGGUUCUCGUGUGUUUUAGAGACUUCUAGAAGAAAAUACCAGAUUAAAAAAUAAAAUGAGUUUACCUCUGAACCCAAAGCCAUUUCUCAAUGGUCUAACCGGUAAACCAGUUAUGGUAAAAUUGAAGUGGGGAAUGGAGUAUAAAGGCUACCUGGUUUCAGUGGAUGGGUACAUGAACAUGCAGCUGGCUAACACAGAAGAAUAUGUUGAUGGAGCAUUGGCUGGUCACUUAGGUGAAGUUCUUGUUAGAUGCAACAAUGUUCUGUAUAUAAGAGGUGUUGAAGAAGAGGAGGAAGAUGGAGAAAUGAGAGAAUAAACAUUUUGUAAAAAGAAAACCUAAUUCCUUUUAUACCAGAUGCAUCAAUUGUAUGACUUUGUAACUGAUUUAAGUUGUUGGUUAAUGUUUUUUUUUUUUUUUUGUCUUGCUGAACCAGUUGGUUUAACACUGUUUUCCAUGCCGUGUGCCUCAAGAACAGCACAGAAAUAAUAAAAUUGUGCAUAUUGCACUUUUUUUAA